CUGGAGGUGCCGGGUCAGCCGGAACCAGGUCUAAGCGAGCCGAGCCUUCAGUUAUCAUGGGGCGCAAGUUGGACCCUACGAAGAAGGAGAAGCGUGGACCCGGCCGAAAGGCCCGAAAACAGAAGGGUGCGGAGACCGAAUUGGUCAGAUUUUUGCCUGCAGCUGGCGAUGAGAAUUCCAAGAGGCUGUCGAGUCGUGCCCGAAAGCGGGCAGCCAAGAGGAGGGCAGGGUCUGUCGACGUCCCUAAGCCAAAUAAGUCUCCCGGGAUCAAAACAUUGCCUGGAGAGUUAUCCAAAGGAGCAGUCCAGGCUCGAGGUAAAAAGCGCCCAGCACCAAUUCAAAACAGUGAUGGGGACGAGGAGGAAGACUCGGGGGAAGAUGAUGUGGUGACCCAGGGGGACCUUUGGGGCUCUGACGACAGUGAUGAAGACAUGGUGGAUGACUACGGAGCUGCCUCUAAUUCAGAGGAUGAGGAGGAAAAGCUGUUGCCUAUUGAAAGAGCUGCCCUGAAGCAGAAAACCCAGGACGCCGCAGCUCGGGUCCAGUGGAGUGAAGAGGACACUGAUGAUGAAGAUGAUGAUGAUGGUGUGUCCCCUGAGACCCACCCCAGAAAGGAUGACAAAGCAGAGGGGGGCUUGCAGAUUAAUGUGGAAGAUGAGGAAGCCUUUGUGCUGCCCCCUGCUGGGGAGACGGACCAGGAUGGCCAGGCUCCAGACCUGCAGCGAGUUCACAAGCGGAUCCAGGACAUCGUGGGAGUGCUGCGGGAUUUUGGAGCUCAGCGAGAAGAGGGCCGGUCCCGAGCUGAGUAUCUAAGUCGGCUUCAGAAGGACCUGGCCACUUACUAUUCUUAUGGAGACUUCCUGUUGAGCAAGUUCAUGGAGCUGUUCCCUCUGUCUGAGUUGAUCGAGUUCUUAGAAGCUAAUGAGGUGCCCCGGCCAAUCACCCUUCGGACCAACACCUUGAAAACCCGUCGCCGAGACCUUGCUCAGGCUCUGAUCAAUCGUGGGGUUAAUCUGGAUCCACUGGGGAAGUGGUCAAAGUCUGGACUUGUGGUAUAUGAUUCUUCAGUGCCUAUUGGCGCUACCCCCGAGUACCUCGCUGGACACUAUAUGCUGCAGGGAGCUUCCAGUAUGUUGCCCGUCAUGGCCCUGGCACCUCAGGAGCAUGAGCGGAUCUUAGACAUGUGCUGUGCUCCUGGGGGGAAGACCAGCUACAUAGCUCAGCUGAUGAAGAACACAGGAGUGAUCCUUGCCAACGAUGCCAAUGCAGACCGGCUCAAGAGCGUGGUGGGCAACCUGCACCGCUUGGGAGUCACCAACACCAUCAUCAGCCACUAUGAUGGGCGCCAGUUCCCCAAGGUGGUGGGGGGCUUUGAUCGAGUGCUACUGGACGCUCCUUAUCCUGAUGCAAGGCUGGCCUCCCCCUGUGCAUACAAAUGA